GAGAAAGAUGGAUGCUUGGAGAGACAGAGACGAAAGGUCGAAAAGAGGGAUGGAGAGAGAAGGUGGAGUAUACUGAAGGAGGAGGAGACAGAUAUAUACGUACACACAUUAUACACACACAUACACACACACAUAACUAGGAUAGAAUCGCAAUCCAGAAGCAGCCAACCGACCGUUCUCAGUCGAUCGUUGACAGCUGCGAGCGUCACGCGACGAGCUUCAAGAGAAACGUAAUUGAGGAGGAGUGAGGAGGAAGUGUUGGAGUAAGUGGUGAAAUAAAAAUUAAGAAAGAAAAGAGGAGGGACAUAAUUCUGUCAAGUGUGCCAACCGAGCAAGGUGGCGAAGCCAUAUUUGAAGGACCAGAUUUAAACGUUGGACCUUCUGUCAUUAUUUCUUUUUGUUUAACGAUAUAUCCUAUCGAAAAUGCCAAGCAGAGUUUCGUUCACGAGUUUGACCGUCCUCGGUCUCGGCCUCGCCCUGACGGUCUUUCCUUGUACCAUUCUGGCGAUCGAUUUGAGCCGUUUUUAUGGACAUUUCAAUUCGAAAAGCUCAGACGACGCUUGUCAUCCCUAUGAACCAUUUAAAUGUCCUGGCGAUGGUGCUUGCAUCUCGAUACAAUAUUUGUGUGACGGGGCGCCUGAUUGUCGAAACGGUUACGAUGAAGAUACCAGACUUUGCACGGCAGCUAAACGACCACCUGUAGAAGAGACCGCCAGUUUUCUUCAGUCAUUACUGGCGAGUCACGGACCGAAUUAUCUCGAGAAGUUAUUUGGUAAUAGAGCUCGAGAUACCCUUAAACCACUCGGUGGUGUCGAUAAAGUUGCCAUAGCGUUGUCUGAAUCACAAACGAUUGAAGAUUUCGGUGCAGCACUUCACCUGAUGCGAUCAGAUUUGGAACACUUACGUUCGGUCUUCAUGGCAGUGGAGAACGGUGAUCUUGGUAUGCUCAAAUCACUUGGUAUCAAGGAUUCCGAACUAGGCGACGUUAAAUUCUUCCUCGAGAAGCUUGUGAAGACUGGCUUCCUCGACUGAAAAGGCAACGAUUAUAUCAAGGAUAAUGAAGUCGUCGCGACGAGGCACGAUCCUAUUGACAUUUUCUUCUCUUCGAUAAAGAAAAACUUUAGGAUCGUACGUGGUCGCGUCGCAGCCAAUGAUUUUUCUCAUAUUCUCUUCGACUACCUCGUUUCCUCUUUCGAUCAUUCUACAUCGCUUUUAUUAUUAUUAGCUAUUUCUCUACGUUUAUGAUUUUUUUCUCUUUGAGAAAAAUUAUUGCACAGUCGAGAUGCUUCUUAUUCUUAUUCGCUUUUCUCUUUUCCUUCAUUUCACUUCUCUUUCUCUCUCUCUCUCUCUCUCUCUCUCUCUCUCUCUCUCUCUCUCUCUCGUUUUUUCUCCUUCCUUUGUACAUAUAAUAAUAGAUUAUUCACUUGGUCACCCGCUAUUAUUCGAUGUAAUCGCAACGAAUAUUCGAGAGUAUAUGAAACGACUAACGGAAAGUAAUGAAGUUGAAGUUGAAUUUGAAGAUGUGUCCGUGCCUACAUUCUUCUUUUCUUCGCAUACCUCACGUAUGUAUGUUCACGUUUUAUUAUGUAAGGAGGAUGCGUCGAAUGAUGGAGAUGAUCUUUACUUUUCUUUUUUCUCGACUCAUGUUUUUACGUAUAUUUGCUCGUUGCUCGACUUUUCCAGGUCGUCGAUAUCAACCGGAACCGGAGCUGUGCUUUGGUCGGUUUAAUUCGUUCUACAAAAAAUUUAUUAUUGAAUUUAUUCUCUUACAGAUAUACAUAAUGCCGCACGCGUUUGUCGUUUUGUAAAGUCUAUUGUCCUUUUUCAUUAUGCGUUAAAAAUAUACGGCACGAUACGACAUUGUAGCCGCGUCCUAUGUACGAAUAACGUUCUUCAUUUAUUAACAAUGAGUUGUUACUGCUGGAACAGUACGAUGUCUGUACCGAAUUUAUUUUAAGAGCCAGAGUAGAAUUACGAAAUAUUUUGCUUGAUAUCAAGUAUGUUCUUGAGGAUACGUUUUAUCUUAUUUGGGUGAAGUAUAUUCUCAGUAAAAUGAUGCAUGUAUGUAUGUAUGUUAUACGCGAACGCGUCCACGUUUGAAAGAGAGAACAAAAAAGGUGCAGAGAGAUAAAUAGAGAGAGAUAGAUAGAUAGAUAGAUAGAUAGAGGGGGAGAGAGAGAGAGAGAGAGAGAGAGAGAGAGAAAGUGGCUAAAAAUGAGAUAAUCUAUGAAACGUUUAUUUGAAAAUAAUCUCUCUCAUCUCUGCAGUACAAUUGCGAUGGUAGUAGACGAUAGCUAUCGUACGUUUAGGUUGAAUUUUUGCUUGAAAGGAAAGUGGGUACAAAAAUCGAACAUCGUACGCGUUUAUUAUUCAGGGUACGACAGGAGGAGUUUAUUUUAGGGGAAAGGAGAAGGAAGUGUACUAAAGUGCUACCGUAUUAAUAUUUUCACUACGGUAAAUGGAAAAAAAUACAUAUCACUAUAAACAUAUCACUAAUGUAAACGCGAACGAAUAACGAAUUCUCUCGAAAAAUCGUUUUCCAUCUCGUACGACUGUUUACAGAUUAAUCCGUGCAAAUUUUUCGUGAUCAAUCGAUCGGACGUGUUUUCUUUUUAUUUACAAUUCAAAAGAUACGUCAAUCAUAUAUAUAUGUAAUAUAUACAUAUAUAUACAACAGCUUCGAACGCAAAGCUUCUUCCUAAGGGCAGAUCGUACAUAUGGUCUUGAUAAAGAUUGACAAACAAACCAAAAAAAGAGAAAAAAAAGAGAAAAAUGAAUUAUAUAAAAAAAAAAAAUAUAAAAUAAUAAAAAAUGAAUCUUCGAGACCGUAUAUAUAUAGAUGAAAACGCGUGAAUAUAUUUUUCGGGAGAAUUUUUUCAACGAUAACGUAUUUACUUAUUAAGCGUAUCUUCUAGUCAAACAGUCAACAUAUCUUUCACGUAAAAUAAGUAAUUACGUAUGUAUAAUUACGUACAUAUUAUAUUGAAAGAGUCACUUUUAUCAGAUAGUAGAUAUAAUAUUUUGGUAUAAAAAUAUAAUAUAUUCCCUCCAGAUGUCAAUUACGGUCCAAAGUAGGGCCUGGACCGAGGACAAAAUCCGAGGGAACUUGUGUGUUAUAUUAUAAUGAUGAUGUGUAUAUCGGAGGGUCAAGGUGCUCCGACUCUCCGCUAAAGUGUGCCUUGACCCUUUGACCCGACUUUGAUGUAAAUCAUAAUUCCCUGAAAUUACCUAUUUCCCAAAUCCAAACUCUUAUCUAAACUUGAAGUAUGUCUUAAACAGCCACAUGCCAUAAUUGAUAAAUUCGGUUGAAUAUUACAAAUGCACAUGCCAUCGUAAUGAAUCGACGAGAAAAAUGGUCCUUCUAUUGAUUUUUUUUUAUUUUAUUCUUUUAAGUUCAAAUCAAAAUCGAUGUAAAUGUUUUGUUUUCUCUACAUUAUUUCGAUCCGUAAUAACGACAGAUGCGUGAACAGUUGAUUUAUUCAACAUAUAUUUCUAAUUCUACGAAUAAUAUAUACGCGGUAGCACCUGGACCGAUAAAGUUUACUCUACAAGUAUAUAUACAUACACAUAUAUAUAUAUAUAUCUUCUUUAUUAUUCGCUUUUUAUAUAAAAUGGCACGGUAUUCGCAUUAGCGAUGUGCAUAAUUUAAUCGGAUAAAAGCAAAUAUGUAUACAUGAAAACGCAUGUAAUAUUUAUCAGAUUUCCAUAACUUUGUUAAAUCAAACUAUCUAUAUGUCGUAUACGAGCCUCAACUUUGUCGUUUCGAAUCGAUUGAAUAUAGAGCGCAAUACGUUUAUUAUAUACGUCGAACGCGAUUAAAAAAAAAGUAUUAAAAAGUGCACACUAUAAGUCGAGUCUAUAUUAUUUUUCAAUUUUAAAUUGUUCUACUGCCAAAGAAUUCUUCUUAUUAUACGGCAUCUGUGGCAUAUCGUACACUUUAAGCGAUUUUGCUUCUUAAAGUUUUGUACUUCCAUUAAUUGAAUAUAAUAAUAUUCAUGAAAAUAAUUUUAGCGCGCAAUGGGUAUUGAAUAAAGUGAACGUUUCUUCAGUUUUACUUGACAAUUCUAUUACACACACCCGGCACGUCAAUUGCACAUCAUGUGGCGAUUAUUACAAAUUGUCGUUAACAACAUUUUUCAUUUAUUCUUUUUAUUAUCUUUGAUAUAUAUCGUCCUUAUAAACUCCUGGGAAUUAGUAAUGUAAAAUCAUAAUAUAAAAUAAAAAUUUUAAUCUUUAAGCAUCA